AUGGGCAGACUCAACAGUCAGCUUCUGAAGAGCGUGCGGCCGCCUCUGCACGGCGAGGCGGAUCUGGAGGAGGCGGUGACCUCCGGAAGACAGUGGUGGGCAACGGAGGGCAAGCUGCGGCGGCUGCAGCGAGCCAGGCUGGCCCUGCACCGCGUCGCCCGCCUCUGCGGGCAACACUUCGGUCCGGCGCUGCUGCUGUCCGUGCUCAACACGCUGAUACAGAUCGUCUACCUGAGCUACGCACUUGUGCUAAGGGUCAAGUACUGGCCCUGGUUGGAAAAUUAUGGGCAUAGUGACGUGCUAGUGCUCAGUGCACUAUUGUUUUAUACUACCAGCUACCUGUUAGCUAUUUGUUGGAUAUGUUCAUCAGCAGUAGAUCGUGCUGGCACUGCGAGAAAGUUACUGGAAAUGAUUCGAAUACUAUCGCCGUCAGUAACGAAUUCCAUCUGUCUUCGUCUUUCUGUGGAGAGCAUGCGUUUUUCUGCUAUAGGCUUCUUUGAUAUCGACCUACAUCUAUUUGUUGCCGUUCUUGGAGCAACCGUCACAUAUCUCAUAAUACUUGUUCAGUUUUACUCCUAA